AACUAAUGUUGAAUGUAUAUUUCGCUUAUAAUUUCAACGCAUGCGUUUCUACGAAAGGAACUACGCACGCGUUCAUGUUGACAAAUCGAUUCUUCAAAGGCAAUAUUCCUCUCCGUUGUGUGUGCACAAAGUUGUAUUUUCAAAGCGCAAAAGAGUAGAAAAAUUAGUGAUUAAAGAGAAGAAAAAAAAUGGCAAUGGGAAAACGAUUGGAAAAUGUUGCUGCUACGGCAUGCAUGACAACAUUAUUGAUGCUCUUCAAUUUUGUUUUUCUGUCCUCGGGAAUAUUAAUGCUAUUUAUUGGGAUAGCUAUGAGGUUGCAAUUGAGAGAUUACGUUGAUUCAAAUACGGAGGGAAGUGGAGCCGCUUUAUUGGCAUUAGCUUUUUUAGGAGCAAUUGUCGUUAUUGCUGCGAUUCUUGCCUGUUGCUGCACAGCUCGAGGACAUCCCGCUCUGCUUUAUCUGUACGGAGCGUUUUUGGCCGCGACUGCUCUACUCGAAUUGGGAGCUGGCGCUUCAGUUUACUCUUAUAGAAGCACAUUAACCGAAGGAUUUGAUCAAGGACUGAAUUAUAGUCUGGACGCCUAUACAGACAGUAAUCCGAGGACCACUCAUGUCGAUUUUAUGCAAAGCACGUUACAAUGCUGUGGUAAUAAGGCGUACUCUGAUUGGUACAAUUUAAAGCAUCCGCAAGCUGUUCCACUUUCAUGCUGCAAAGUACCAAGCGAAGAAUGCUUAACAAAUGAUCUAAAAAAAAUUUACACCCAGGGCUGCUACAAUCGAGUGACUGAAUUGAUAAGCAAUAAUGUUGGAAUCGUUGCUGCCAGCGCAAUUGCAUUUGCAUUUUUCCCAUUAAUUGGAGUACUUUUGGCCUGUUGUCUUGCUAAUAAUAUUAAUAAAGCGAAAUACGAGCAAGUGGCCUAGCCCGAAUAAUUUCGGGAGAUUUCUCUCCAACAAUUGUGAAUAAUUUUAACUCAAUUUUAAAUCAACAAGCAUUUCAAAAAAUGUUAUUCGUAGAAUGAAAUCCUAUAAUCUUCAUUCAAUUUAAGAAAAAAAAAGUAAUGAAAGAAAGAAUCUGAUUGAAUUAAAAAUAAAAAAAAGACAAAAAAAAAUGUAAAAAAAAUACAGAGAAAGAAAAUGAAAAACCCCAGAAAACACUUAUAGAUUAGAAUUUGAUGAAAUGUAUAACAAUUAGGUGACAAUUUAAAAAAAAUGAAAAAUGAUACGUAAUUGUUAUAAAUGUGACUGUGUUUGCUGGGCAAUGGCACGAUAUUCAGCAAACUAAUGUGAUAAUUAUUCCAGAGUACCACAAUAUUAUUAUAUAAUUAUUAUUUCUUAUACAAAUUAAAAUUGAGUCUUUCAUUGUUAAAUCUUGUUAAUUUUGUAUUUCUUUUCAUUGCAAUAUAUCUUCUUUUAGACAAAAAUAUUUUUUUAGACAAAAAAAUAUUUUUGUCUAAAAGAAAAUAUAUUGCAAUGAAAAAAAUUAAUUUUCGAAAUUAACAUUUUCCAAUGAUCGACUCAAUUAUAUUAGAUGUAUAUUAUUAAAAGUAGUUAUAUUAUAUUUAUUAGAGAAUAUUAUACAUAUAAAUUUUGUAAAUUAUUCCAAGGUUUAGUCAAAACCAUAAAACGAAUUAGUUUACUUAAAAGUAAAGCUUUAUGAAAAAAAAAGAAUAUAUAAAAUAUUUUGUUAAUAAUAUUGAAUCUGUUUCUGUAAGUAUUGUAAUAUAUAUAUGCGAUAUAAUUGUUUAAGUUACGAUCAGAUUCUAUCUAUACAGCGAGAUAUAUAUAAUAUUUAAAAAAAAAAAUUAAAAAUUAUACCUUUAUCGUCUUCUCUGUCUGAUGCUCAUAAGUCAAUUAUUUUCUUUUUACUUGUUUUAAAUGAAUUUAAAGAAAAUA